CCUGGGGAAGUAGUGACAAGACGGGGUCGGGGGUCCCCGGCAGAGCUGAGGUUCUGCGGCUGGGUGCGUGCGUGUCUGCCCGCGGAGGCGAAGGCAGGGGGCACAAGAGGGGCUUUCGCGCACUGUGCUGUCCUGCUUAGCUGUCGAGCACGCGCGCGCGAGCACCCGCCCCGCAGCCCCUCUGCGCGCGCGCGCGCGCACACACACACACACACACACACACACACACACACGACACAUAGGCACUUCCCUGCCUCUCCUUCUCCCGGUGGGCUCGCCUGCCUCGCGGCGGGAGGGGGCCCGUGCCGCCGCGCUCCGGCUGCUCUCGGGCGCUCCGUCAGGGGCUGCGCCCGCGGUGGGGGAGGGGUGGUCUCGCGCCGCCGCCGCCGCCGCCGCCGCCGCCGCCGCCGCCGCGCGCUCCUCCCCCUCCCCCCGGCGUUCCGGGCCCGGGCGGCUCUGCCCAAUGAGCAGCGGCGUUGCUGGCAGAUGUUCUCAAAUAGCGAUGAAGCUGUAAUCAAUAAAAAACUUCCCAAAGAACUACUAUUACGGAUAUUUUCUUUUCUGGAUGUCGUUACCUUGUGUCGCUGUGCUCAAGUCUCCAGGGCCUGGAAUGUUCUGGCUCUGGAUGGAAGUAACUGGCAGCGCAUUGACCUGUUUGAUUUCCAGAGGGAUAUUGAGGGCCGUGUAGUGGAGAAUAUUUCAAAACGAUGUGGGGGUUUUUUACGAAAGUUAAGUCUUCGUGGGUGUCUUGGAGUAGGAGACAAUGCAUUAAGGACCUUUGCACAAAACUGUAGGAAUAUUGAAGUACUGAAUCUAAAUGGAUGUACAAAGACUACAGACGCUACAUGUACUAGCCUUAGCAAGUUCUGUUCCAAACUCAGGCACCUUGACUUGGCUUCCUGUACAUCAAUAACAAACAUGUCUCUAAAAGCACUAAGUGAGGGAUGUCCGCUGUUGGAGCAGUUGAACAUUUCCUGGUGUGACCAAGUAACCAAGGAUGGCAUUCAAGCACUAGUGAGAGGCUGUGGGGGCCUCAAGGCCUUAUUCUUGAAAGGCUGCACACAGCUAGAAGAUGAAGCUCUGAAGUACAUAGGUGCACACUGCCCUGAACUGGUGACCUUGAACUUGCAGACUUGCUUACAAAUCACAGAUGAAGGUCUCAUCACCAUAUGCAGAGGGUGCCAUAAGUUACAGUCCCUCUGCGCCUCUGGCUGCUCCAACAUCACAGAUGCCAUUCUGAGUGCUCUAGGUCAGAACUGUCCACGGCUUAGAAUAUUAGAAGUGGCAAGAUGUUCACAAUUAACAGAUGUGGGCUUCACCACUCUGGCUAGAAAUUGUCAUGAACUUGAAAAGAUGGACCUGGAAGAGUGUGUUCAGAUAACAGAUAGCACAUUAAUCCAACUUUCCAUACACUGUCCUCGACUUCAAGUAUUGAGUCUGUCUCACUGUGAGCUGAUCACAGAUGAUGGAAUCCGUCACCUGGGGAAUGGGGCCUGUGCCCAUGACCAGCUGGAGGUGAUUGAGCUGGACAACUGCCCGCUAAUCACAGAUGCAUCCCUGGAGCACUUGAAGAGCUGUCACAGCCUUGAACGGAUAGAACUCUAUGACUGCCAGCAGAUCUCUCGGGCUGGAAUCAAGAGACUCAGGACCCAUUUACCCAAUAUUAAAGUCCACGCCUACUUCGCACCUGUCACUCCACCCCCAUCAGUAGGGGGCAGCAGACAGCGCUUCUGCAGAUGCUGCAUCAUCCUAUGACAAUGGAGGUGGUCAACCUUGCUGAACUGAGUAUUUAAUGACACUUCUAGAGUACGGUGGAGUCUCUCCAGUGGAAGCGACCCCAGUGUUUGGGGCAAGGAUUUCAAAGUGAGGGAGGGUAGUGUCCAGACCCUCAGAGCCACACAAACGUAUGCAUACACACCCUCACCCCAUCCACUCUAGCUCUGUGACUAUGGGACUGAUGUUCGUGCUGGCUUUAUCAAGUGGAUUGGUAAAACUUAACCAUUCCAAUUGGACGUGCCCAGAAGAAAAUUAUAGGCCAAGGUAGAGGGAGGGAGCAUUCCAGCAAACCCAGUGUUACUGCUACUGUGGUUUCUUUACUUUGUUAAAAGGUUUCUUUGGGGAUUUUUGGAACAGCAACUGCAGUCCUCCGGGGUCAAGGAAAGCAUGGAAAAAUAAUAUAUGAUGUGUCCAGGGACCAGAAAGAAAAUUUCUUUGCAUCUUAGAUAUGGUAGCCAUCCUUUGUGAGAUGACCACAGAGCUUCUGUGCUUCCUUGUUUCCAUGCCAACAUGCUGAGCAUGCUCACAAAGAAGGCACGUCCAUUCCUCUUGUGUUUUAGUAUUUGGCCCAGAGGUUUCCUAAAUAGUUACAUUGGAAUCACUGUGGUCUGAAUGUGAUUACUUAUUCACUCAGUUGUCAAUGUCUGUAGCAUACUUGUGCACCUGUCUUCCAUUCUCUGUUGCUCCCGCCCGCACUCUUGCUCAAUCUGUCACCUAUUCAUAGUCUCCUUACUCACACUCAGUUAUUACUCUGUUGUGUUUACAGUUUGCAUUUUGGAUGAUUAGUUGGGGUUACCAAACAUUUUUAAAAGACAUUAUCAAUAAAUAUUUUUUUAAUUCUAAAUUUUACCAUUGGGGGACCCUGCCUGAAUCUUUGACAAUUUGAAAGGAAACUAUUAAAAAAGCAAAGAAAAAGUUAUGAGAAAAAAAUGAGAAACACUAUCUUGAUAAAAACAAACAUUUGCAUUUUGAUUUCUAUUAUAUCUUAUGACAAAUGAAAAUUUGCAUGAUUUGUCCAGUACUCCCCCUUGCACAUUUUUCCUUGUAUCAUAUCCACCGACUUAGAGAAAUGCAUUGUUAGUGGAGAGUGAUAUGACAGACACCAAAACUGAGCCUGAAAGUCCUCACCAGCUGAGAUGAGAUACUGAUGAUUAACAUUAUCAUAUGUUCCUGGAACUUGGUGUGAUGAGUGGUUUCUCUGAACUUGCCUUAGCAGGAAUGCUGCAAGAGGGGCCACUUGGUUUCUCUUUUUGUUCCCCCAUUUCAGCCUGCCAGGGAUACAAGAAUGACCCUAUAAAUAGCUGGUCACUGUAUGUCAGUGUUAACUGCAUCUUAUCCAGUGUUGGUCCUCAGAGAACCAGGACCUGUCAACCAUGUCACUCUGCUACUUCAGACUACCCCUCAGUGGAAUAUGAGAGUAGCCAGCUACAGGCAUUGGGGCAGCCAAAAAAGAACUGGGGCAAGAAGCAGAGGGUCCAGUGUCCACAUCCAGCGUGAGUACCUGGCAGCAGAGCUCAAGGAAGAGGUCCAGUGCCUAGUGCUCAGAGUCCAAGACUCAGCCCUCCUUGCCUAAAUAAACAAAUCAUAGAGGAGAAGGGAAAUCCGUUUCUAAAGCACAAAUUUCUAAAUCCCAUGGUUGGAAACUUGUGAGGUUUUUAAUAGGGUGAUGGGGGAGGGCACCGUCUUAGGACUUUGUUGUGCAGCCUGCCGUUAUCCUAGAACAUCUUCUGCGUGACCCAGACUGUGAAAGGGCUUGUUUUCAUGUGCAGGUGCUGGUUUUACCAGCAUAUGGAAAAUGAAGUCUGAUUGAUUUCUCCAUUGAUUUCUAAAGCAGUCAGUUGAAAAGGUCCUAGAAGUUUGUACUAGCCAUCGUUAGCAUAUGAAAUUUAUUUUAAAUCAUCCUUUAUUUUUCUCCUUUAAAAACUGACAUUUUACCUUGAAAGGAAUAUACUUAAGACUCACAUUUGGCUGUAUCCACACAUACAGAUACAUAUGUGUAUGCAUGCACACGUGUGUAUGCACGCACGCACACACACACACACACACACACACUUCCCAAUGUGAUCUGCUAAUAUUCAGAUGCCCAUUCACUCAUUCAAGCAAAGGUAAAAGAAAUACUUAGAGGCCAUCUGCUCUAUAAAGUUUUUAAUUUUUUUUAGUGCCAGCAAAAACUUACCAUAAAACUUUGACUAGUGAGUAUGGAUUUGAAUUGCUUAAGUUGAGGUUAUUAAGGUAGUUCCUUACUUAAAGGAUAAACUUAAAGGACCUUCUAUGCCAGUACUUGAAAAGUCUUGAAUGUUUCUCUCCUUGAAGGGCGUCCCCACAUACAGGUCCAUGUGGACUGGCCCUGGUGAUCCCUGCUGUUAAGGCAAAUCAAUCCCCACCUGUCUGGGCUAAGAACAGAUUCAAGUGAGAAAGAACAAGUUCCAGCGCUAUGCAGCACUGGCUUGUCUGUGAUCAAGAGCCUUGUUUGUUUCUCACAAAAAAACUUCAGGCCCAUCAUAUUUGGAAGAAAAUGUAUUUUUGUGCUGAUCUUCAGACUACACCAGAUGAUGAAUAUGCUAGGAGUCUGAGAACACAGAAUAUGGUAAGUUCUGGCCAGGAUCCUGACAUAGGAUGCUUCCUGUCUCAACAGCUGGUACACUUUUGAAAAUUCAUUAAGGCUUAUUAAUGCAGGAAAAGUUCUCUUUAGGAAAAGCUUAUUGGUCCAUUUGUCUAAUACCAUAGCCAGUCCAUAAUGUACCUUUUAUAAUGAAAAGAAAAAACUGAACAGAGAGGAGAGAGUUGCAGUAAGUAAGACGUAAGACGGGACCCUCAGAGCUAUUGCCAUAAACCUGCAGGUGACCAGGAGUAAUUAAGAGUGGAGAAAGUUCUUGAACAUCCAGAUCAAAUCUUGCCUGAGCAACAUUUCCCCUGCGCUCAUGCAUCAUACUUUCCAGCAUGCUUCCUGGUAUCUUCUGCAUCCUCCUCGUUGGCCCCAUGGAGGUGAUUCAGCUUUUUCCCCUGUGGAUUUCCACCAUUUCCUUCCUGUACCAUCCUGGCCCUCUGUUUAAAGCUGCCAGCUCACUCCAGUUAAAGCUGCUGAUUUGUGUCUCAGAUUUUUCCAGUCUAGCUUUCUCUUUGGGCCCUUGUCCCCAUCAAAGCAAACUUUAUAGGCAGCCUUGAAUUGUUUAAGUGUCAGGUGGCUUGGAUCAUUUUUCACUGGAUGGUUUCUGAUAUUUGCUUACUAGAUUUGAAUUAAGUAUAAAAUCAAACUAUUGGAGAAGGGGUUCCUGCUUCAGCUUUUUUUCCAGUAUUGGGUAUAUUUAAAGCACAUUGUGCUUUGUAAAAGAAAUGUUUUCUUGUUCUGCUCCCUCCUUUACUGGAUGUAAAGCUUGUCCUUAAGUGGAUUUUGUACCUUUCCUGUCUGAUUUCCACAGCCAGUAAGUUGAUAUAGCAAACAUAUAAGACAAAAAUUUCACAUAUCCUGAAGGAACCUGGUAAAUAAUUUUAUAAUGCUUUAUUUGGGGCUUUCCAGAUUAUUUGAAUAGUGCAGUAUAACCAUAAUGCUACAGUGAUCAGGCGAGAGCCAGGCUCUUUCAUUUCUUCCAGUUGCCUUAUCAAACGCGUAGUGUUGCUAGUCCACUAAUGCUAUGGGAGACUAAACGAAGCAUGCAGUGGGACCUGCCUUGGUUUGAAGCUGUUAGGAAGUGUGGGUGUCGCUGGAAGAAAAGGGCGGUUUCCUGCCUGCCUGUUGAGCAGCAGAUCCUCAGGUGACUGUGUUAAUGAAGAAGAGGAGCCCUCGUGGCUCAUGGUUGCCCCUUGGCCCUUGAAUGUGUAUUGUACCUGAAGUCAGACUGCUCGUGCAGUUGCCACCAGAGGAAGGAUUUAAAGACAGUUGGUUUAUUCUGCCUUUCCUCUCCUGUGUGAGUGAUUCAAGGGCAGGGUACUGUCCCUAUGGAACUUCUUGGCUGACAAGCUCUUUAAAUGGUAUAUUCUGAACUCUGGAACAUUUUACGAAAAGAUUGCCUCCUCUGUCCACCAGUUCUACAGUCUCCAGCCACCUCAAACCCAGGCCAAGCCUGGUUUGCAAAAAGGUGUAUGUUGUUUGGUUGAAGGUCUUAAGAAAAAGCCCCUUCUCCCUUUACAAUGAUUUUAACCAAAGAAUUCUAAUGCAUUAGGAGGGUGAGGGGAAAUCAAGAAUCCCAGCCCCAUCUCACCUUUAUUUUUGUCGUAAGUUUUAAUUGUAAGAUUGGAAGGUACAGGAAGCUGUAUAAGACCAUUUCAUUCUUAAGCAUGUCAGUCCCAGAAGCCUUUGACCCAUAAGAAAGUUAGUACACAACUCAGCUGAGUCUGAGUGAAUCUGGCACCCACGAGACUUACAUUUAAUUUAAGCAGAAAAAAGUGCUGGACAAGCCCACGUGAGUGCUGACAGUCCUUGCGGAUACGCACGUGUUUGGUCUCUGCCUUGUGCUUUUUUGAGCAAGCCCUUGAAGAGCUCACUGUGCAGGUGUUGAGUCUCAGCGCUUCCUCAGCCAGAGGGGUUUAUUGCCCUGCGAGGGAGAGCUGUGAGCCAGCAGAACCAAAUCAGUGGCCUUUGUAUUUUGCAUGUUUUCUAGUGUCUUAUUUUGAAGAUUUGGCAUGGGGAGAGGGGAGAUGAAGUUCAAAGUAAAGGGGAAUUGGUUCUGGAACUGGGGUACUUUGUAUCAGGAACAGCAUCUGUCCUGGACAUGUAGCAACUGCUGCCUUAGACGUGGGUACAUUGACUUCUGAUGAACUCCAUGCCUUUGGAGGUUAUCUUUUCCACACACCUAACCAGGGCCAGCCAGAGGGGAUUGGCACCACUGACCAAACCACUGCCUACCAGCUGCUUGGGGCAUGGUUUUGGUACCAUGGCAAGAGCAGGUGGGCAAUAAAUGAGAAUCCACACCCUAGGAAGAGAUGGGAGAUGUGAGGCACCCAGACAUGCACCUGUGCUGUUCUGCCACUGCCCCAAGAAUCAGGGGAAUCUCUGGACUGAUGUCUUUUUUGCUAAAAUGAGAGGAAAAUAGCUGUCUCGCCCGGUUGCUCCUGUCAUUGUCUCCUCCUUAAUUCAAAGCUGUGCUGCACUGCCGCUCACACGUGUGUUUCUUCCUUAGCCUGGCCCUUCUCAUCCCCUGAAGUCAUUAUUCUACUUUCUCUACUUGUAAUAUGGCACUGAAGAAUGAGAACCUAAAGUCUUAGAAAAUCGGAACUUGGGAAAAAGAAGUCUAACUGGCAUGGUUUGAUGAAUUCCUUUACCUUUUUCCCCGUAAAGCAAAGUGAUUUUCUUUCCUAGUGCUAUAUAAUAGUUCUUUAAUAAGUGAAACUUUUGCUGCUACUGUCCUGGGUUUACAUCAGUUUUUUCUUUUCCUUAAGAGUAAUUUCUAUUCUGUACUCCUUUGAUGACUGUUAAUUUCUAUUAAAUGCAGGAAGGGGUGAGCCUGUGCUGUCUUCUCUUACUGCCCUCCUCACCCUACCACCAAAUGACACACUAACUUCUAACUUCCCGAGCCUGUUGGCAAGUACAUGAGAUCCAUGGAACGGGCUCACCAGAAGCUACCCUUGUCCUUUCUCACCAAGCUGUAGCCCUCGGAGCUGGCCCUGAGAUCUGCCACUGCCCACUCCUAAGGUUACUGUAGGGGAGAGAGGCCUUCUCAGUUCUGCCUUUCUCCGUUCUUGUUUUCUGACUUGGCCUUCAGAUGCUUCCCACUCUGGCCUCCUUCCUGUUCUUUCCAGGAGUUUGUCCAGGUAGAAUCGCUGCUGCGCGUGUCUCCCAGCUGCUCUGCUCACCUUUGUCCCCUUCCCAGUGACCCUGAGAGCGCAGACCUGAGUACCAAGGCCUGUGCAGAGCUCAGAACUGUGAGGACUGCCCCAGCCUGUCAGACUCUGCUGGGGUCUGCAGAGGUGGAGGGGUGGUGCUGCUGGAGACAUUCUUCUCCAAACCAGGCUCUGGUCCCUGUACUCCUCCCCACCGAAGGGAGUGGACGUUCAGCCUUCCCUGGAGUGCCGCGGUGUGCGGGACUGCUGCUGGCUGCUCUCUUCAGAUGCCGAGCCAGCCCCUGGGGCCCACAGCGGCCAUUGUGGCGACUUAACACAGGGUUCCAUUAGCUGUCCAAGCGACUGUGUUCCAGCCCAGUCCUGCACCUGGGGAUGAGGGGAGGGGGUUAAUCAAAUGAAUAAAAUCCAGAGUGGCAGUAGAGGAUUCCUUUUGCUUUAAAAUCUUUGGACUAAAAAUAAAAAAUGUUUUUAUAUAUAAAUAUAUAAAUUGUUAUGUAACUAUUAUUGUUUCCUGUAUGUUCUAAUUUUGUUUUAUGAUGUAAUUAAAGGAAAUAAGCUGUGAAGAUUUCAUUUUCUUGUGAGAAAA